UCGCAGGUUGCACGCAAACUGUGAUCUUUUCGUUUAAGUGAAGCACCGCACCGGUUAAAAGAUGAAUCGUGCGGCCGUGGCUUUGGUGGUCCUGUGCGCAGUUGUGUCAGCGAGCGCACGCCUUCAGGAGCUUUUCACCUGGAACCAGGUCGACUUUGCCUGGCCGAGCAAAGCGGCGCGCGAUGCCGCCAUCCAGACCGGCGCGUUUGUGCCCGAGAACCAAAUGCCCCUGGGCAUCGAAGUGUGGAAAGACCGCCUGUUCGUCACCCUGCCCAGGUGGAGGCGCGGCAGCCCCGCCACCCUGGCCACCAUCUCCCUCAACGGACCGCAGCACAACCAGCCGCUGCAGCCCUACCCUGACUGGGCCAUGAACCGCGAGGGCGGACCUUGUGACGGUCUGACUGGAAUCUUCCGCGUUCAGAUUGACCACGCUUGCGGUCGGCUGUGGGUUUUGGACGCCGGCGAGGUGGACGUGGCCGAAGGCGGCGUUCAGCAGUGCCCACCCAAACUGCUCGCGUUCGACCUCAACACCGACCAGGUCGUCAUCCGCCACGUGCUGCCUGAGGAAAACGUGCGUCAGGGAAGCCUGUUCUCCAAUCUGGCCGUCGACACGAGGAACGGCCAGUGCGACGACACCCACGUCUACAUGGCCGACGCCUGGCGUUUCGGCAUCGUCACCUACAGCACCAAGAGCAACUCUUCCUGGAGGGUUGAGCACAACUACAUGCAGUCCGACCCUCUCGCCUGCAGAUACAACACCUCCGGAGUGGACUUCCGCUGGCACGAUGGUGUGUUCGGUUUCGGACUGGCGCCCGUCGUCAACAACGACCGCACCCUGUACUUCACCCCCAUGUCCGGCACGAGGGCCUUCGCCGUGCCCACGUCGGCCCUGCGCAACGAGACCGUCAUCGACGAGAGCACCUUCACCGUCCUGCCCCAGCGCGGCGGCGGAGUCGACGCCCAGUGGCACGCCGGCGCCACCGCCAUGUCCAGCAACGGCAUCAUGUUCUACAACCUGGUGACCAGGGACGCCGUUGCGUGCUGGAACUCGCGUCUGCCGUACCUGCCCAACCUGCAGGGCGAGGUCGCCAGGGACACGGUCACGCUCAACUUCCCCAAUGAUGUCAAGGUCGACGAGUUCAACAACGUCUGGGUUCUCAGCAACAGGCUGCCCAGGUAUCUCUUCUCGUCCCUGGACCUGAGUGACGUCAACAUUCGCGUCUUUGCUGCUCACGAGUCUAACGCGAUCGCUGGAACGCCGUGCGAUCCCCAUUACGCCCCGCAGUCCAACGACUUUGUCACCGCCCCCUGCGUUUAUUAAAUCUUUUCAUGCUUAAAAAUUGCUCAUCAAGUACUUCACUCAGAUCUGACUUAGCCACUGAUCGCCUCAUCGCAUCACCAAGAUCUGGGAUACCAUAAAUGUAGCUUUAACAAUUAACUGUAAUGACUCAUUUUCGCACAUUAUCACCCAUAACUGUUAAAUAAAAUGUUUUAAUUUAA